GGACGUGAGUGGCAACUAUUUCAACAACAACCCCGCCACGCUCAUCACCAGCAUGUCCUCGCUCGCCUAUCUCAACCUAUCGCGCAACUACUUCACGGGUCCCCUCCCAUCGCUCCCCUCGGCCUCUGCUGUCCUCUCUCUCGACCUCUCCUCCAACUAUUUCUUCGGCCGCGGUAACGCAUACGACGCCGCCAGCAACCCCAUGUGCCCCUCCGAAGCCGUCCCUGUCAACACCACCAACAACUGCCUUUCCUACCUCGUCUCCCCCCCUUGCACCGACCCUAGCUACCCCCCGGACCAGCCUCAGCGUCCCGUAUUUCAGUGCCAAGCCUUCUGCCGAACCAACUUCUCAGGUUCGGACAGCGCGGCUGUGAACGAGCAGUGUGGGUUCGGCGGAGGGGUGUGUAUUGCCACGGCAACAGUCUCAGCAACAGCGGGAACAGCUACAGUGCAGUACAAUCUGACUCGUUCUGUUGCUUUGCUCUCACAGCUUCACUUGCUUAUGGCUCACUUUUAUGUUUCGUUCAACGCAUGCUCAUCAAACGUUUCCCCCUCUCAUCCCUUCCACUUUCCCGUUGCUUUCCCCUCUCCGUCUCUUCCCGUCCCUCUUUCCCUCCUCUCCCCAUCCGUUUUCUUUCCCCUUUCCCUCUUCUUUCCCUCCUCUUCCCCUCCUCUCACCCUCCAACCCCAUUCCUCUCUCCCCUUGCCAAUCUACAGCGGGCCCUCCUCCUCCCUCUCCUCCUCCCCAGCCUCCUUCCCCCCCACCUCCUCCCCCCUCUCCGCCUCCCAACCCGCCUCCUCCCCCUCCUCCCUCUCCCCCCCCUCCCUCGCCACCACCCCCAUCGUCCUGGCAAGUGACUCGCGGGUUCAUUCAUUCCAUGUGGAGUGGGCUGGUGAACAGCUAUACAAGACUCAUGUGAAGCCGUUGUGA